GGGGGCGUCUAAGCUUCCAACAGUGAGGCAGUUGCUGCACCUCAUGAUUUAAUGCUUCCAUCUGCAUCUCACUCUGGGCUCUGGUCACCUUUAUUUUACUGUGUCUGUGGAUUGCGAGACUUGAGACUCAGACUGAGUCUACCACCGCUUAAUUUUUCGGUCUUUCUAGUACUUGUCUACCCAGGUAGAACAGCCGGCUAGCAGGACCCUCAGGCGUCAUCUAUCAGUUCUACCGUGGACUUUUCACCAUUAAUAUCCUCUACGAAACUGCGAUAUGGGUCUCGCAUACAACAUAUAUCUUACCUCCAACAAGAUCUUCGGGUGCAAGCAGUGCAAAACCCACCUGGCAGACUACAACGACAUUAUCAGUCGGAACUUCCGCGGCCAACACGGAAAAGCAUACCUGUUCAACACCGUCGUCAACGUCACCCACUCUGAGGCCGUCGAGCGGAGUAUGACGACCGGCCGCCACGUGGUCCGUGACAUCUCCUGCCGGCAGUGCAAGGAGAUCGUCGGGUGGAAGUACGACGAGGCAUACGAGGCGAGCGAGAAGUAUAAAGAGGGCAAGUUCAUUCUUGAGGAGGAGAUGCUUUGCGUCGUCUGCUGAAACAGCCCGGGGAGUGACCCUCCCUGCGUUACAACUUCCCGGGGUUGAGAUUUUGUCUUUGAUCCGAGCUAGGGCUAGUAAUUUACUAGCUGGCUAUUAUGAGCGUUCGCAUAAUAUGAUAGGUCUUGGGGCAUAGGCGUUGGUCGGUAUUUACAUUGUCAUUUACGAUUGUCGGAGUCCCUCCAUUCAGUUGCUUUUUAUACCUAGGUACUCAGUGAGAUACCUAAAUACUA